GGAUUCGAAGCGAUUGACUGGUGUGUGACCUUUCAUCACCAAGCGGGCGGCUAACCGUUCUGUAUCCAAAUGCCUGUGUCAAAGUUACCGUCUCCGUCCAAUCCCUACUGCCCCUCCUGCCCGUCCUCCCCUUCCUCCCAUGAGAACAGCAGUGGGGACUUUGCGGACAUGAUAGAGGCGGAGCUGGAGGCUGUUGAGGCGGAAGAGAGCGAAGGUGAGGAGGGAGCCAGUGACACGCGAACUGCUGACGAUCGAGCUGAUAGCAGAAGAGAAGAGGAGGAGGAGGAGGAGGAGGAGGAGGAGGAGGAGGAGGAUAACGAUGAUGACGAGGCGCUGGGCAGCUGCAUGAUCGACGACUUCUUGGCAGACGGAGAAGAUCAAGCAGAAGCAGACGGGUCGUUUAUUGGUGAUGAAGCUCUUGAUGAUGAUGAUGAUGAUGGGGCCCGCCGCCGCCACCCAGGCAGGUAUCGUGGCACUGAUGGGGAUGACGGCGGUGGAUUUUCUGAGGAGAAGAAAAGCGUAAUUGUGGCAGUGCAAGGUAGCUUCGGCGACACUUGGGAUGAUCGCGAUCGACCUUCAACGGGGAAAAACGCGGCGGGAAAGGGGGGCGAUAGAAGAGUGCAAGUGGCGGGAGAAAGACGUGGAUGGGAGGAGUGUCGGGUGGUGCUCUCUACCAAUGUAAUACGAGGUGAUGAUGAUGACGACGAUAAAAGAUCCUCAGCGAAGGAGGGGAAUAUCGUGGAAAGGGAGAGAGGAUUGGGAAUGGCGCAGGGGGAAGGUGGAUUGGAGAAGGGGGUGGGAGUGGUUGGUACCGUCGUGAGCGAGGGGAGGGGUGGGAUGAGGGAGGUGAAGGGAGGUGAAGGCGUGGAAAUGCCGGCAGGGGAGAAGCCAAGGGAGGAUGGAAAGGAGAAGAGGAAGGGGGAAGGAGGAGGACGACAAUGUGGGGGGUUUGCAUCUGCAAGGAGUGGGAAGGAGGGUUGUUGUCCGCCACACCCUGGCUUCAUGUGGGGGGUUUGCAUCCGCUGCGGAGAGGUGCGAUUUGGGGGAGCGAUGGAGCAGAGCGAAUCACAGCUGUCGCUGAGGUAUAUUCACGAAGGGCUGGAGAUUUCAGAGAAGGAGGCGGCGAGAGUCAGGUCCAAGGAACUAGAGAGCAUUCUCAGGAAGAAGAAGCUGUACCUAGUGUUGGACCUGGACCAUACGCUCUUGAACUCGGCGCGCAGUGUGGAGGUGAUACCCGAGGAGAUCGACUACCUUUUCCAGGCCUUUCCGGGCGUCAUGGAUCAAGCUGAUCCCGACCCGGAAUGGGCGCCGCCGCCGGGAUCGGAGGGAGGCAAAGCCGCGGAGAACGGCGCGCAGUGCGUGCUGGCCAACGGAGCGACGCAGUGUGACGCGGAUGGAGGGACAGCCGGACGUCUGGGAGAGGCAGGAUGUGGUUCGGCGGCAGCGGAAAUGGAAUGUUCAGCAGUGAAGGAUGGAGCUUUGGAGUCGGGAGUGGGAGGAGGUUCGCAGGCUGGGAAAGGAGAUUUGGGAGCGGUAGGUGGUUCCUGGGGGAAAGGAGACAUGGCAGCGAGAGGUGAUGAUCCGGAAGAAGCGGCGAAAGGGGAUUUGGGAGCGGGAGGUGGUUCGGAUGCGGGUCAAGGAGAUCAUUUGGGAGCGGGAGAAGGUCUGGCAGUAGGAAUGGGAGGAGGAGAUGUGGAAGUCGAUGGUAUUCCAUCACGAGCGGGAGAAGAUGCGAGUAAGUCAGCUGCUGCAGGGGAUGGAGCGUGUACGGCAGAAGGAGAGGAUGAUGCAAGCGGAGUUGAGGGCAGCAGCGGAGUAGCGGGUCCAGCGGGUGCGACGAGGGUUCAAAGGGGAGGCGGAGAAGAGGAGGUGGUGGUGGUCAGUGGAGAGUCGGUGAGCUUGAAAGACGGCGGUGGUCAAGGAGGAGGUGUCGCUGGUUUUGAAAGAGGAGGAGGAGGAGGAGGAGGAGGAGGAGGAGGGAGAAUGGGAGGAAGAGCAGGGGGGUUGAAGGGCAGGUCGCAGGACGGGACAGAACGAAAGGAAGCGAAGAGCGUACGUUGGGGUGAAGCGAUCCAAGAGCACCGGCAGGCGCAGCAGGUGGAGAGGCAUGUGCCCUUGUCAGGAGCUAUUAGAAGGGGGGGAGGAGGGAGGGGGGGGGGGGGGGGGGAAAGGCUGCCUGGCGGCGGCGGCGGUCUUUUCGCUAGGCGGCGAGGUAUGUUAAAAGCGCGGCCAGAAGAAGAGGAUCUAACGGAGGGAGCCAGAGGCGGUCACAUCCGAGGAGGAAGUCCCAACUCCGGGUCUCUCUAUUGGUUGCCCCGAUUGCAGAUGUGGACUAAACUUAGACCUAAUGUCGUUCGCUUCCUCGAAGAGGCUAGCCAAUUGUUUGAGAUGAGCGUUUACACGAUGGGAGAGAGAGGGUAUGCGAAGGCAAUGGCAAGGCUUCUCGAUCCUGACGGCAAGUUGUUUGGCGGAAGAGUGAUCUCUCAAUCCGACAGCAUGCGCAAGCAUAUUAAGGAUUUGGAUGUGGUGCUGGGUGCUGACUCAGCUGUAGUUAUUGUUGACGACACCGAGGGGGUGUGGCCACGUCAUCGCCGGAACAUAAUCCAAGCGGAAAGGUACCAUUACUUCCGAUCGAGUCGGUCUCAGUUCGGUCAGCCCGGGCCCUCUCUGAUUGAGAGCAGGAAGGACGAGAAGGAGACGGAGGGCACCCUCGCCUGCAUAUUGAAAGCUCUGAGAAGGAUCCAUCAUCGAUACUUCCUCGAAGCUUCUGCUUGGUCUUCUUCGGCUGAUGUUGAUGAUGCUGUAGGAGGAGGAGGAGGAGGAGGAGGAGGAGGACACAUCAGUUACCCGUUUUCCUCCUCUGUGCCUCAGCGAGAUGACCAGCAAAACCAGCAGUUGGCGGCGGCGGUGUCCAGAGGGAAGAAACAGCCAGGGGCGGGGGUGGCAUUGGACGGUGGGUACCCGGAUGUCAGGGACGUGAUGAGAGAUGUUAGGAAGGAGGUGCUGGCAGGCUGCCAUAUGGUGUUUAGCCGGAUCUUCCCCAUGGCCAUGACGAAUCCGCAGUCGCACGCGCUGUGGAGGAUGGCUGAGGAGUUGGGCGCCACGUGUCACACGCGGAUUGGUCCGCAGAUCACCCAUGUUGUCGCUGUUGAUCGAGGCACGGACAAGGCGAAGUGGGGUCUGAGCACCCGGCGACACGUGGUGAGUCCCGGAUGGCUAGAGUGUUCUCGUCUCUUCUGGAAGAGAGCACCGGAGGCGGCAUUUCGCGUGACAGACACAGUUGCCGUCCCGCCCGCGCCCCCGCCCGCGCCCCCGCCCGCGCCCGCGCCCGCGCCCGCGCCCGCGCCCGCGCCCGCGGCACCGGCGGCAGCUGCGCCUGUGAAUGAGGCCGUGAAGAACAGCGAUGGGCACAGUCUCAGUCUUGAUGUCUCUCCUUGUCUUGCGAAUAGGAAUAGAAAAAGAGAGAGAGAGGGUGGGGGGGGGUUGGUGGCAGGUGUUCUGGAUAAGGACGGGGCAGCGGCGACGGCGAGGAUAAGCGGAGGGGUCGGAGAGGAGGAGGAGGAGGAGGGGCAGGAGGAGGUGGCGGAGGAGGUGGACGGUAAUCGUCGAAGAAAGGUGGUGGUGAUGGAUCAGCAGCGCAGCAAGUGCAAUGAUGUCUUGCAAGGGUCCAUUGGAAGGAUCACACAGGGGGCAUCGGGUAUUAGCAGAUAACAAAUGGAGGAGCUAGAGGGAGGGAGGGGAGGGUAGGGUAGUAAGGACGAGGGAGCUCCACCGCGACAGACAGACAGGUCUCGCCAGCAGAUCUGUCGACACGUGUAAGAUACGUCUAUUUACAGAUAUCCGCGAUUAUUACAGUAGUGAUCUCGAUUAUGAUUUGUGGUUAUGAGAUCUGGAUUAUGAUUCAUCGAUCGUCCUGGGCAUCACUGGACCAGAAAUCGGGAGGAGUAGCGUGGAAUGGCUUGUUGGGAGGGGUGGUCGUGAUUGUUAGAUGGGCAGGAGACACUGAUAGAUAAGGUGGGUGUAGAGGGGGAUAGUGAUAGAUAAGGGGAGGGUGACGGAAAGAGAGGAAGGUAGAGACGGGAGCAUUUUUCGGCGAGAAAGAGUUUUCGACGGGGUGGAGGCCCUGUGGCACACAGAGGUGAACGAGCGGGGGCGGCGGGGCGGCGGGUCAUCGUCCGACACGACCGGGGAAGAGUCUGCCGCUAGAUUGAAGGAAGGAUGAACUAAGUUGCCUGAGCGGUGAUGAUGAGGUGUGGGCCGUGCUCCCACGAAACACCCUCCCUCCCUCCUUGACUGUGGUCGGGUCGUGGGUGAAGAGCGGGGGGGGAAGGUGGAGGAGUGGAAAGAGCAGAGAGAGGGGGAGGAGGAGGGAGUAAAGAAAGGGGACAUGCAUUGUGUGAUCUUAUAAAGCUUUGCGGAUGGCAAUCCGUAUCCUAGCUAGUAUUGUUUUUGUCAAAGAUUUUGAACCUUAUGUACAUUCCUUGUUGCGAACCAUCAGAUACAUUCUGACGGAGACAACGUUCCUUCUCCGUCCCAAAUAGAAUGCAUGGUGAUUAUGAUGCCUCCCUGACUCGGUAAAGUCGUAUGAGAAUGACCAUGCGUUUCUAUUCGGGAGACGACGGGUAGCAGCAGAGCCACAACCGGUAGUGGAGUGCUAUGGGCGUGGGCGGGACGAAGAAGGAACGUUGUCACGUAUGAAUAGAGAAAAGUUUGCUGUCCUAUCAUCUUCUUGUGGACGAAGGAGGGACGUGACCAACUCAGGGGGAGGAUAGCAUGAGUGAGCUUUCACUGUUGCCUCGUUGCCUGUCAAAUUAGCGGGGGGGAGGGUUGAUGAGACCUGAAUUUCCAUUGUUGCGGCGGAGAGCUUACUCCCACUAUGACAGUAUUUCUUCUCUUGGCGCACUCGAAGAGGUACACAGAUCUUUUGGUGCUCGCCUGCCACGUGGCGCCAGAUUAGUCGUCCUUCUCUUGGCGCACUCGAAGAGGUACAUAUAGAUUUUUUGGUGCGCGCCUGCCACGUGGCGCCAGAUUAGUCGUCCUUCUCUUGGCGCACUCGAAGAGGUACAUAUAGAUCUUUUGGUGCUCGCCUGCCACGUAGCCCCAGAUUUCCUGUCGACGGACUUCCUCCCUCAAUUCGAGAAGAGCUGCUCUCAUCAUCGCUGUAAUCCGGCGCGAAAGACGCUUUUUCUCCUAAGGAGGAACGGGCUUGGGAACGAUCGUUUGGCACGUGCCGCUUUCUGGUGUAUACGUUUCAUUCUUUUUUUUUUCUUUUCUUUUUUUCGCUUUUGCGCUCUCAUAUUCAUGUGAUUAUAUAUGUGGCCUCCUGAUGAGUCGGUGAAAAUUCCAACGAAACAGUCUUUCCCAGUCCCUCGUUUAUUGUCCUCUUCUCCUUCUCUGCCUACGGUUUGCCGGCCAGUUCUGUUUCACGAUAUAUGUCUGUUUCACGA